AUGUUUAAUUUCUUUCUGUUUUUUUAUUUUCAGAGAAUCGAAUGGCAUGCCAGCAGACCACACAGAGAAAUUUGUACCCUAAAGGGUAAAUCAGAGGACGAUUGUCAAAAUUACAUUAGAGUUUUAGCUAAAAUAUCUCAGGAUAAACUUUUAAUAUGUGGUAGCAACGCGUAUAAACCCUACUGCCGAUACUAUCAGUACAAAAAUGGAGAAUAUGUGGUUGUUAAAGAUUUCGAAGGGGGUGGUUUAUGCCCCUACGAUCCCGAUCACAACAGCACUGCUGUUUUCACAGACGGACAGUUAUAUGCUGCUACAGUAGCAGAUUUUCAAGGAGGUGAUCCUCUCAUUUACAGGGAACCUCUCAGAACGGAAAGAUCGGAUUUAAAACAGUUGAACGGUCCGAGUUUCGUUAGUUCGGUCGCAUACGAAGAUUACGUAUUUUUUUUCUUUCGAGAAACGGCCGUGGAAUACAUGAACUGCGGUAAAAAAGUUUAUUCGAGAGUUGCGAGGGUGUGUAAACACGACAAGGGGGGACCGCAUCAAUUUGGAGAUAGAUGGACAUCUUUUCUUAAAUCCAGAUUGAAUUGCUCCGUCCCUGGAGAUUAUCCAUUUUACUUUGAUGAAAUCCAAUCUAUGAGCGAAAUGGUGGAAGGAAUUUAUGGCCAACGUUCGGCUCAACUUAUGUAUGGAGUUUUCACGACUCCGAUAAAUUCAAUCGGUGGCUCUGCCGUUUGUGCCUUCAACAUGCAGUCUAUCCUCGACACGUUUGAAGGUCCAUUCAAAGAACAAGAAUCAAUGAAUUCAAAUUGGUUACCGGUACCGAUAACAAAAGUACCAGAACCCAGACCCGGACAAUGCGUUAACGAUUCACGAACCCUUCCAGACGUAUCCGUUAAUUUCGUUAAAUCUCACACUCUCAUGGAUUAUGCCGUACCGGCAUUUUUUUCCAGGCCGGUUUUAAUAAGAAUCAGUUCGCAAUAUCGUUUUACAAAAGUUGCCGUCGAUCCUCAGGUACGCACUCCGGACGGACGUGCCUACGAUGUUUUAUUCAUCGGUACGGACGAUGGAAAAGUCGUUAAAGCCGUCAAUUCAGCAUCGUUCGAUUCGGAUGACAAAGUUCAAACGGUCGUUCUCGAAGAAAUACAAAUAUUACCCCCCGGCAUACCCGUUAAAAAUCUCUACGUCGCCAAUGGUAAUUUGAUUAUAUUAACAGAUGAUGAAAUUCAAAGCAUUCCGGUACACAGGUGCGACAACGAAAACGUUACUACUUGCAGGUCGUGCGUCGCUUUGCAAGAUCCAUAUUGCGCUUGGGAUGUUUUGCAAAAGAAAUGUGUUGCUAGCGAUUUAACCGUCGGUUGGGACGGUGACAAAAAAAGAUUUUUACAAAGUGUGACAAAGGGUGAAAACAAAGCAUGUCCACACACAGGGUCCCCACAUAGCCAUGGCAGGACGCCUGGCCAUUUCAUGGAAGCUGACCUCAACAACGAGAUUAUCAUUGAACUGGACGAGAGCAACGUCAUAUCGGAUACAUUGGCUGGACUCUCUCAUCCAGGAGCCAAAUUACCAUCGUCUCAAGAAAAUAUGGUUAUUUACACGGCUGAAACAUUGGGAAUUGCUGUUGCCACGUCAAUUUUAGGAGCUUUAGUCGUUGGUUUCAUAGGAGGUUUCCUUUUUUCACGUCGCUGCAGGGGAGACGAUUAUUCGGAUAUGCCAAGAUUUCCAGACAACCAGAGACAUCAACUCAACAGGUUGACCGAUUCUGGUUUGAAUGCAGAUUUGCCCCAACACAUCAACAACAAAGCCAUCAAUUUGGUUUUGAAUGUGCCACCGAAGAAUGCCAAUGGAAAAAACGCUAAUUCAUCAGCUGAAAACAAACCGAUACAAAAGAUAAAGAAAACGUACAUCUAG